ACACAUCUAGGCAUUAAACAGAGCCCAUGAGAAACUCUGAUGUCAGCGUUGCCAGCUGGCUGGUGCCUUUUGGGACAGGCUGGGGUCAUCUACAAAUACCUACAGCCUACAGAGCUGUGCAGACCCCUUGGUCCCACUGCCGACUGCCAGCCGGUGCUAGGUGCUGGGGAGUCAGGGGGGUCCACCCUCACCAGUCGGGGGGACAUUGGCUAGAAAGUCGGCUGAGGGUCUCCAGGCACGAGCAGCCCUUGGGGAGAAAAGGGGAGGAGGGAUCACAGCUAACCAAUCCGAAGGUUUGUGCAAUUGUCUGGACAAUCCAGGUGGCUCAGCCCAGGGAGGAGUAAUGGAAUGCAGGCUCUGGUGGGGAAAGCAUCGAGGGAGGAGACGGCUGGAACCCUAGGUUUCUGCCUGCGGGCGAUGGAGGUGCCGUUCCCCAGGCUCAGGGUCGACGGCGGGGGCAGGGUGGGGCUUGGAACCGAGCGCGCGGACCCCUCCGCAGCGGAACGGUUUCCGCGGGGAGCGACGCGCAGCGGACCGGAAUUAGGGACGGAAGUGCAGCGCGUUCAGUGACGAUUGUGCGCCUCAGCCCGCCAAGUCCGAACCGGCUGACUGCGGAGGAGACGCGGUGUCGUGCUUCGGUAAACUGGGGUAAAUUCCUGGGGACCCCGAGUCGUGCAAGGCUCCCUGCGGACACACGUUGGGCCGUGAGUCGCACAGACCCUGAAACGGGGCUUCCUGCUGGGAGCAGGGUCACGUCCCAGCGCCGCUGGCUGGCAUCACUUACCCGCAGUGGCGGAGAUCCUGAGAUGUUCGGAGGGGUUUUGUCUCACAGCCUGCAUAUCAGCCAGCCUCAGUGCCUUCCUGAGAACAGGCCAGUAUGCCCAAGAUAGCCCUGAAUGGCGUGACAGUGGACUUCCCCUUUCAGCCGUACAAAUGCCAGGAGGAGUACAUGAGCAAGGUCCUGGAGUGUCUGCAGAAGAAAGUGAAUGGCAUCCUGGAGAGCCCCACAGGCACAGGGAAGACACUGUGCCUCCUCUGCACCACGCUGGCCUGGCGGGAGCACCUCCGUGACACCAUCUCUGCCCGCAAGAUCGCCGAGAGGGCGCAGGGGGGGCUUUUUGUCGAUCACACCUUGUCCUGGGGAGCUGCCGCUUCCGAUGGAGACAGCACAGCCUGCUACUCGGACAUCCCAAAGAUCAUUUAUGCCUCCAGGACCCACUCGCAGCUCACUCAGGUCAUCAGCGAGCUUCGGAGCACCUCCUACCGGCCCAGGGUAUGUGUGCUGGGUUCCCGGGAGCAGCUGUGUAUCCACCCUGAGGUGAAGAAGCAGGAGAGUAACCACAUGCAGAUCCACUUGUGCCGGAAAAAGGUGGCCAGUCGUUCCUGUCACUUCUACAACAACGUGGAAGAGAAGAGCCUGGAGCAGGAGCUGACUACCUCCGUCCUGGACAUUGAAGACCUGGUCAAAAGUGGGAACAAGCACAAGCUGUGCCCGUACUACCUGUCUCGGAGCCUGAAGCGGCGGGCUGACCUCAUCUUCGUGCCGUACAACUACUUGUUGGACGCCAAGAGCCGCCGGGCGCACAGCAUUGACCUGAAGGGGACGGUUGUGAUUUUCGACGAAGCUCACAAUGUGGAAAAGAUGUGUGAGGAGUCGGCAUCCUUCGACCUGACCCCCCAUGACGUGGCUUCUGGACUGGACGCCAUAGACCAGGUCUUGGAGGAGCAGACCAAGGUGGCACAGCAGGGCGAGUUCCACUUGGACUUCAGUGCGGACUCUGCCGCCUCAGGGCUGCGCAUGGAGUUGGAAGACCUCGCCAAGCUCAAGGUGAUCCUGCUUCGCCUGGAGGGGGCCAUCGAUGCCGUUGAGCUGCCGGGGGACCAGAGUGGUGUCACCAAGCCAGGGAGCUACAUCUUUGAGCUGUUUGCCGAAGCCCAGAUAACCUUUCAGACCAAAGGCUGCAUCCUCGACUCCCUGGACCAGAUCAUCCAGCACCUGGCAGGACGUACGGGGCCGUUCACCAACACGGCGGGGCUGCAGAAGCUCUCAGACAUCAUCCAGAUUGUGUUCAGUGCAGACCCUGCGGAGGGCGUGUCUAGUUCCGUGAUGGGGCCUGGGGUCUCUCAAUCCUACAAGGUAGGGGCUGCCUCGGGGACGGGGGAGACCCUGGGGCUGGGUCUCGGGAUGCUGUCCCCUCUGUCCCUCCAGGUGCACAUCCACCCUGAUGCCGGUCACCAGAGGACAGCUCGGCGAUCAGACGCCUGGAACGCCACAGCGGCCAGAAAGCAAGGGAAGGUGCUGAGCUACUGGUGCUUCAGCCCCAGCCACAGCAUGCGCGAGCUGGUCCGUCAGGGCGUCCGCACCCUCAUCCUCACCAGCGGCACACUGGCCCCCGUGUCCUCCUUCGCCCUGGAGCUGCAGAUCCCUUUCCCAGUCUGCCUGGAGAACCCACAUGUCAUCGACAAGCACCAGAUCUGGGUGGGGAUCGUCCCCAAAGGCCCCGAUGGAGCCCAGCUGAGCUCUGCCUUUGACAAACGGUUUUCUGAUGCAUGCCUGUCCUCCCUCGGCAAGGCGCUAGGCAACAUCGCCCGCGUGGUCCCGCACGGGCUCCUGGUCUUUUUCCCUUCCUACCCCGUCAUGGAGAAAAGCCUGGAGUUCUGGCGGGCCCGUGACUUUGCCAGGAAGCUGGAGUCCCUGAAGCCUCUAUUUGUGGAGCCGAGGAGCAAAGGUGGCUUCUCAGAGGUGGUGGAUGCUUAUUACACUCGAGUCGCCUCCCCCGGGUCCAGCGGGGCUACUUUCCUGGCUGUGUGCCGGGGGAAGGCCAGCGAGGGGCUAGACUUUGCGGACACGAAUGGCCGCGGUGUGAUCGUCACGGGCCUGCCGUACCCCCCACGCAUGGACCCCCGGGUGGUCCUCAAGAUGCAGUUCCUGGACGAGUUGAAGGGCCGCAGCGGGCCUGGAGGUCAGCUCCUCUCCGGGCACGAGUGGUACCGGCAGCAGGCGUCCAGGGCUGUGAACCAGGCCAUCGGGCGGGUGAUCCGGCAUCGCCACGACUACGGGGCCAUCUUCCUCUGUGACCACAGGUUCACUCACGCGGACGCCAGAGCCCAGCUGCCCUCCUGGGUGCGCCCCCACGUCAAGGUGUAUGACAGCUUCGGCCACGUCAUCCGGGACGUGGCCCAGUUCUUCCGUGUCGCCCAGAAAAAUAUGCCGGUGCCGGCCCCCCUACUCGCUGCCCCAAGUCUGGGUGAGGGAGAAGGUGCUGUCAUGGUGGCCGUGUCGCCCGGCCCCCUCUCCACCAGGAAAGCCAAGAGUCUGGAUGUGCACGUCCCCAGCCUGAGGUGGAGACCCGCGGGGUCGCCGACCAGGGACGCCGAGAGCAGCCUGUGUGUGGAGUAUGGGCGGGAGCUGGCCCUCGCUCAGCAGAGGCCUGUGGGGCUGCUGGCAGCCCUGGAACACAGCGAGCAUCUGGCUGGGGGGCCUGGGGACAAGGCCUCCCCUGGGAUGGAGAAGGCAGCGCAUGUCUCCACCCUGUCCCUCCCACGUGAGAAGAGGCCUGCACAGCAGCAGAAAGGAGGCAGAAGGAAGAUCAGGCUGGUGGGCAGCCGGGAGGGGCCGGCGGCCAGUACACAGGCGGGCAGGGCCAAGCUGUUCAUGGUGGCCGUGAAGCAGGCGCUGAGCCAGGCCAGCUUCGACACGUUCACCAGGGCCCUGCAGGACUACAAGGGCUCUGACGACUUUGAGGCUCUGGUGGCCUGUCUCGGCCCACUCUUUGCUGAGGAUCCCAAGAAGCACGGCCUGCUCCAAGGCUUCUACCAGUUCGUGCGGCCACACCACAAGCAGCAGUUUGAGGAGGUCUGCCUGAAGUGGACAGGCCAUGGCUGCGGCUACCGGCCUGAGCACAGCCUUCCUCAGAGGCGGGGCGCUCCGUCAGCCCAGGCCCCCAGGGGAAGGAGGGAGUGUGACCCAAAGCUGACCCUGUCCCAGGGUGCAGCUGGGCAACUGGACCCUGGACAGCACCUGAAUCAAGGCAGGCCUCACCUGGUCUGCGGACCAGCCCCGGCAGGAGACCCCAGCAGCUGUCCAAAAGAGGGUGGAUCUGGAGCCCCCAGGGCGGAGAAGCAAGGCCCGCCUGUGGGGAGCGCCUACUUGGCCGAUGUCCGAAAGGCCCUGGGGUCCGUAGGCUGCAGCCAGCUCCUCGCAGCGCUCACCGCCUACAGACGGGACGGUGACUUCGAGAAGGUGGUGGCCGUGGCGGCCGCACUCACUACCUCAAGGCCCGAGGACUUGCACCUGCUGGAGAGGUUUGGCGCGUUCCUGAGACCUCGCCACCAGCAGCGCUUCCGGCAGGUGUGCGCCGACCUGAUGGGCCCGGCCGCCCCGACCGCGGGCCCUGAGCCGCCGUGUCCCCAGGACGGGACCCCCACCGUGCCUCCCGACCUCGCCCACGGUGAUUCCAGGCCAGGUCCCCCAGGACAGGACAAACCCGGGAGGACCCAGAGCAAGAUCUUGGCCUUCCUUAGACCGAGGCAGGCCGGGGAUGUGGGGGCUCCCAGCCAGCCCCCCAGCGCCCCCCGCAGGCACGCGCCCUCCGAGUCCGGUAGGUCUCCUGGGAGGGGCCGCAGGGAGUGUGGGCAGUGGGGGCGGCGCAGCUGCCGCGGCGCUCACAGCGGCCCCCUUGGAGCAGGCUCGGCGUGCCCCGGCUGCGGGGCGGAGGACACGGUCCCUUUCCAGUGCCCUUCCUGCAACUUCCACCGCUGCCGGGCCUGCUGGCGACGGCUCCUCCAGGCCUCUAGGACUUGCCCGGCCUGCCACGCCCCUGCCAGGAAGCAGAGCAUCACACAGGUCUUCUGGCCAGAGCCCCAGUGAGGCUGGAGACCCUCGGGCAGGCGGACGCCGCGUCUGUCCCAGCUGGGACGCAGCUGGGGCACUUGUCCCUUCACGGGGUGCGGGCCACGGGCCAGGCCAGUGCCCGUGGGGAUGCCCCUGAAAUGGCAGCAGGAUCGGCGCCUGCCUAUGAGAAGCCCCGAAGUACCCUUAGGGUCUGGGGAGGGUCUGCUAAAAGGUACCUCUUCAGAACUUUCCUUGGCUGCUUGUUUUGUGGGUGGAGCUUCAGGCGCUUGGCUGCUGCCGCCUGAGCCCAGGACUGGAAGGUGGGGGAAACGCUCUGCUCCCUCCUCUCCGGGACCUGUGUGUGCGCGCGCCCGCGCAGUGGACCUGCUUUUAAUCAGGUGACAGGUUCUCUAAUAAAGUUGCGGAUACCGUA